GGCGCCCAAACAUUAGUAAGAUAUUAAUCUAAUACUAUUAGUGCAUUUUUGAGUAACAUUUCCAUGUGUCUCUACAUUUGUUGUUGGAUGUCUCAAUAUUGUUAUUAAGUUCAAUAAAUCAAUGAAAAUAGUGAAAACUUUAAAUUUGAUGAUUAUUCUACAUAUCUAGCUUUAACUAUAGGCGGGGCAUCAUUAUUCAUACUUUCCUUUUUACUUGGAUUGUUCAGAACAUGUAAAGAGCACACAGGUGUAUUUUGGGGUUAAUUAUGCUGUCUUGUAUUUGGAUAAACACUCAUAACCGUGGGAAUGGGUUUUGGUUAGACAUCAGAUGAUGUGGUAAUAAAUUAGAUAUAUUCUUUUUUAGUAUGGAAAAAUUGACUUUACUUUUAAUUACCCUGUUGCUGAAUUUUGUGCUAUAUGUGGAAUCUUUUUGUAAGCAUUACAAAAUUGUUAUGAACAUAGUUUGGAUGCAAAUUCUAAAUGA